GUAAGUAUGUCUAUCCUACUAAAUUGUAGUAGUCGCCAUAUGACAAUUCAUAGUUAAAUAAAUAAAUAAACAAACUCAAAACACACGUGGAAAUAUUUCUGUCUGAUAGAUAAUACCUCCUUUAAUGUCUAUUCUGUUGCAUAUGAAUACUGUGUAUAAUAUGUGUGUUUAUAUAUUUAUAUAUAGUAUUAUAAAGUUUUCAGUGUGUAUCAAACGAAUAUGAUGAAAAGGAAUAUAAUUAUAUUCCCUAAUCUUACCUAUGCACGUAUUAAUUCAUUCAUUUGUAUUAAUAUUAUGAUUAUUAAUGCUGUAUGUCAAUGAAUAUCCUACACCAACUGAAACUACUGACCAUAUGCGUUGUUGAUUCUGUAAAUUAAUCAUUUUUGCAUGCAAACAAAUAUACACAUUGAUAAAAAAGUGGAAAAUAAUAUAUAUAUAUAUAUAUGAAUGAGUUCAGCGCUUCGGUUAAGCGUCGUUGACAGCAGUAUAUAACAUAUAUAUAUAUAUGUACACAUAUACAUACAUUCACCCAAUAUCCUGAUGACGAAAAUUCAAAAAUGAUUAUGUCAGCCAUUUUAUUUCGAAUUUAUUAUAUAUAUAUAUUUAAACAACUCAUUGAAAUUUGAAUGAUCAAGGUUACUUCUAGCUUGAUCAGCUUUAGAUCUGUGUUUAAUUUGAGGAAUAGAUAUUUUCCCUUUUCAAAAAUCAAAUAAAGAAUAUUAUUGUUAUCAUCAUCAUGAAGAUGUUUGUAGAACCAGACCUAUAUUCAAUAGGAUAUUUAAACAAGUAGUAUAAUAUAAUUACAAUAUGGAAUAUCCUCAAGUAUAAAUGUGAUGAUUACUCAUAAUAAUAAUAAUAAUAAUUAACUUGUCAAAGUUGAAUAGUUAUGCACAACGUGUUAAUAAGGCAUUAUUUAUUGUAUAAUUUAUGUUGUAUAUACUCAUUGUUUCUCUUCACAUGUAUGUGUGAAAAUGUAGAAAUUCUUAUUCCAACAGGAAAAGUAUUUGACAUUAUGUUGCCAAUAAAUAAGUCAAAUCAUAUUUCAUGGAAUCUUCCACAGUGUCUUCAUGUAAUAUCUAAAACGGAUUCACCUACAAAUCAUAGUGAAUUUGUUGGUAUGACUUUACGUGGAUUCUGCUUUGAAUGCGAUGCAAUAGACGAAAAUGAUAGAUUGUUAUCCGAUGGAGUUCAUAACUUAUCAAAUUAUUAUGUGUUAGCUGCUUCAAAUAACCACACAAAUUUAACAUAUACUAUUUACUUGAUUAAUCAGAAAGUAGAAAAUCAGUUAACUCUUAAAAUUUAUUCAAAUUCAAAAAAUAUAUCAUUACGUCAUGCAUUAUUAACUUAUGAGAACCAUUCUUGGAGAAAGUGUUAUAAACAAGCACCAACAAUCUUAUUACUCACAUUUCAUAUCAGAAUUUGUCUUCUCAAUUAUUAUGAACGGAUGAUAUUCAAAAGAAUAGUUGGAAUGUUUACUAAUCUUAAAAGUAAUUUGUCAAUUUUACACACAAAUAUUCCGUAUAAUUAUGAUACUGUUGAAAUGAAUAUGCAAAGUGAGAAUUAUUUCACUUUUGAAUCACCUUCAGAAUAUGAAAAGAAAUUAUCUAUUCUAGCCAGCGCUAAAGCUCAAAACCAUACUAUGCCUUCGGAUAUGAUAAAUUCCAACUUGGUUGUCUUACAGCAUAUUGGAUGUGGUGUUAUACCUGAUUAUAUUUUGAAAAUGUUAACUGUGCUAGAAAAGAAAUUACAAAACGGCUUAGUAUCAAUCUCAGAAUUACUUGGCAGUGAGAAGAUCGGGGGUGGCAAGAACCUUGAUAACAUCAAAAUAGCUCAGUGGAUCGUUGGUGAUUUAAUUCAUCAUGGUACACCUGAUGAAACAUUACAAUCUUAUAAUGGAAACAUAAAACGAACACUGAACAGAAGAUCUGUCUCGUCAUCACGUGAAGCUGGUUAUUUAGAAGAAGGUUCAGGAAUGGCUUCAGUUCAUCAAUUUCCAAAACUUGACUAUCGAUCAUAUCUUGAACAUUCAACUUCUGAUAUGACUCAUUCAAAUAUACCAAGAGUUAAAAAUUAUAUUACACCAAUAAAAACAACAGUUUAUCAAAUAUCUAAUAUUCAGAUUCCGCAGAACACUUUUCAUGAUCUACAAGAUGGUUUUACACAGAAUCUAAAACUCACCUUGUUUGCCUCAAAUCGAGAAAAUAUUUCAUAUAUUGAACUUAAGUCUAUGGAGAAUUUAAAUCAAGCUAUUGGUGGAGAGAUUACUCGUGAUGCAAAACAGUGGGUAUCGUUUGAUGCAAAGAAUCAAAUUAUACGGUUAAAGCCAUUACCUGAGCAUGUUGGAAAUCAUACUUUUAUUAUCUGUGCAACCGAUCGUGAUCAGAAUAGAGCCUGCGAACCAUUCCAAAUAAUUGUGAAGCGACCAUCUCCUUUCCGGAAGAAUUUUAUCUUGCGUAUACCUCCAGGUGUGUUUUGGUGCUAUCAUAUACCAAUUUAUUGGUUUAAAGAACUUAAAAUACUCUCGUUUGACAAAUUGGAUCUAGAAGUUAAAGGCGAUUCACCAUUUUCAUGGAAUGUUCACACUGGAGAAGUAUGCAUUGUCAGUAGCUUGAAAAUGGAACAAAUUAUCACGCUUUUUUUCCAUGCUACAAAUGCAAAACUUGCACAGAGUGUUGAAAUUGAAUUCCGUCUGUCUGCUAAAGUACCACCAGUAGAACUUUUAGUAACUAAUUCUAAACUACGCUUGAAAUUUUCAUGGCCAGCAAAGUCCACCAAUUAUGAACUUCAUGAGUUAAACAAGAUUAAUUUAACUCUAGCCGAAACUUUACAAAACCGUGUCAAUCCUGAAGUAACAUCAGAAAAGUUAUUCAUAUAUGAGAUAAUACAAUUUAAAAUGCCUCAAAAUGGAUCUGAGUCAGCAUUCUUUGAAUUGGAUUGGGUAUUUUUACCUUUGGGUUUACCUAAAGAAGGUGAAGAAUUAUUUCUUCUGUCAAAUGAGUCACUUUUGAAUAAGCCUACUCAAAAUACCAAUUUACUGCAUAUUCCUGAAUCAAUGAACUUCUACGCACAACCAAAUAGUAUCCCUAAACUUUCAAAAUUACUCAGUGAUUGUCAACUGUCUCAUUUGGAUACAGUUGAAACAGUAUUACAAAAUAAGAAAAAUUCAUUUAAACCAUUUGUAUUAGAGUCAGUUAGUUUAUUAAAUUUAGAAAAUUCUGCUUGUUUUUUGGUUAAACGAAUAACAAAACAGUUAGAGGAGAAAGUAUACUCAUCAGCCUCUCAACAGUCGGGAACAAUAAGAUCUGAACUAAGUCGGUGGACAGACAGUCAUUUGUAUUUGUCAUCCAAUCUACAAUUCAUGCCUAGUGUGGUACCGAAUUUCACUGUUACUGCAGGUUUACCUUUUAAGAAGUUUAUUAAUCCAGAAAAUAUUACUCCAUCUAAGAGAAUUCAAUACAUGGAAUUAAGAGAUGCACAUGGACUGAUUUUAGAUGACUCGAAUUGGAUGAGUUUAACAUUGGACAAUCUACAUUUGAUCGGUUUACCGCUUAAUGAGCAUGUAAGAAAACAAGCCUAUUUAUUUCAGCUUCUUAUUCAUUCUGUUGAUCAGAAAACUCCAAUCGCUGUUGGUUUUACUGUAGAAGUACAAGACUGGUAUGAAAGUGUAAAACGAGAUAAAUCUUUUCAGCAUAAUCAUCGUGUUCGUUUGCGUAUCCUGCCUCCAAUUCAAUCACCGACUAGUCAAACAAUAGAAGUAUGGCCGGCUAGACCAGCGAAUUCACUAGAUUAUCGAUGGAAACUUUCCAGUGCUAUUGAUCAAUUUCUUCGACCCAACUGCAUUCCACCGUGUAAUCCAGAUGUAGGAAUAUGGCAAAUAACACAACAGAAUGUAAACAGUCUAUCGGUUACAUGGGCCCAACUUUCACUUCUUCUGGAACAGGGGAAACAAUCAACCACUAAAUCAGAAGAAGCAAUGCCCACAUGUCCGUGGGACAAGUUUGACUACUUACAGAAUCUACUUAUUUUUGCACCGACUCUAGUAUCAGCUCAAAAAAAUCUAGGACUUGUCACCGGUUUAGCUAAUGACGGCCAACUGUAUUUAUCGCCUUGGUCAGCACCUUCAAAUGCUUUCAGAGCUCAUAUAGAAUCAUCUGGACUUGGUAUAGUUGAAGCUGCUGUAGUCGAUCGUAUGGGUGGUUGUGCUCGACACUCUAAAUUUGACGACUCAGACAUUACCGGUCAAUCUGUUCAGAACAAGCAUUCUUCCUUUUCAAACUUUGAAAGUGAAAAGAUUAUGAAUUUCACUGUGUUUACUGGUGAAGGUUUUCGACGAAAAAUCGUAGACGAUAAGAUAAUGGCCAAUAUGUCUCGGGCAAGUGUCCACCUUUAUGAUAUGGGUGGUAGACAAAUCGGCUCAUCACAUUGGAUAGGAUUGGAAAAGGAUAGGUCGACUAUAUUUGGAAUUAUUAUUGGCAACUCUGUACAACCUUCAAGUCACAGAUUUCACAUAACUGAUAAUCCAGAAAAGAAUAUAGGCGUUCAGUUUUCUAUCUAUGUGGCUGGAUCUAAUCCUCAGUUGCCGUCAACUUUUAAUCAUCGUGUAGUAAUGCACUUCAGUGCCGAUCAAAAUCGUCCAUGGACUGGUGGACAUAGUCUAGUGGAUAGAUGGAUUUUAAUCUCAGCUUUAGAUGAUUACCUUAGACCUCAUUGUAUGGGAAGUAUGAUCUGCCGAAAUGAUAUGGAUAUUAUUCUGCUUACAUUAAAUUAUCACGCAUCUGGAUUUUCUGUAAUAUGGGCUCAAAAAUCAGUGCUUAUUCUUUCAGGAAGUGUAAAUACAAACAAAACAGCAGAAAUCGUGGAUUCAUACACUCAACAAGAAUACUGGGAUCAAUGGUCUAAAAAUAUUCAUCAAAAUGUAAAACGUAGUAUUGACUUCACUGGAACUAUUUCAGUAUCAAAUGAAAAUUUUACAUGUGAAGAUUGUAAAUCUCUAAAUUUGUCUACUUCACCCAAUAAUUCACAUUUUAAACCUCCAAAUAAACUACAAAAAGGCCAUCAUAGAAAUAAGCGUACAUUAUUUCCUACAACAGAUUGUCCUGAAAGAGAAAUAGCUAAAUUAGAAAAUCGUUUACUUGUAGAAAUAAGAAAAGAUUUACAGCAUCCAUCGUUGAAUUUUGUGAAACAUCUAAAAGAAGCUGGUGUUGGACAACUGGAUGAAAUACAAAUUGAACGUCUUGGACCUUGUGCUCGAAUACAACAAUCUCUACCCAUUUUCAUACCUGUGCCUGGAUUAGAAAGUACUCGAGAUGCUUUUGUUCCAUACUAUGGAAAAACAGGAGAAUAUGAUGAGUCUCUUCACUACAUACCAUCCUCAUCCUCCUCAUCAUCGUCAUUGUCUUCUUUAUCUGCAAACCAAGAGGCAAACAGACACAGAAUGAUUUUACUCGGGACUUUAUUACCAAUAUGCAUUUUACUUAUUAUAGUCUUAUUAGGCAUACUGGGAUUUGUAUGGUAUCGAAAACGUGGUAAAUCUUGCACGAAUGGAUUGAAUUCACAUCCAUCGUCUAUAAUAAAUAGUGGUCAUAGUGUUGUUAAUCCAGAAACUGAGAAAAUGUUAACAACAAUGAGUAGUCCAAAGAAAUCGACAAGUAAUGGCCGUCAAGCAAAAAUCAUAAAAGCAGGCAAUAUGGACAGUGGAAAUUUUGCAAAUUCUUCAUCUCAAAUAGGUUAUGCCUCUCCUAAACAGCCUAUGAUUCUAACCAAUGAAAGACCACCUUUUAAACCGCCUGACUAUAAUCCUGGUUUUACAGAUUCAACAGACAGACUACCUAUGACUAAUUUAUCUCAAUCACAAAUGAAUAAUUUACAGCAAAUAUCGCUUCAAAAUACUAAUGAAGCAAUAACAGCUGGUAUGAUGGAUACAAGAAAUCAACCGAAAGCAAGUUAUGCUCUACGACCUAAUCCAUACAGAAAUUUACCGCCACCGAUUGAAACAAAGCCUGGAAUGCCACCACCUGCAUCACAAAUACCCUAUGCACCAUAUCGUAAGUUUAUGACAAUCCCUAAUCCAUCUGUUGAUCAGAAUCGAUAGGAUUCAAUUGAAACAAAAGAAAAAGAGGAUAUUUCCUACCUUCUUAGAAAAAAAUGUAACAUAAUAUUGAAAAAUCCUUUUUUUCAGUUAUCUGAUCCCUCCGUCUUUUUGAUUUCACUGUAUUGUUUUAUGUCGAUUUAUUUCUUCAUAUAUUCGUUUACCUGGUUAUUUGUUUAUAUGCCUCUUCUCCAUGUCUUAUUUCUUUUAUAAAAAUAAAAAGUAUUAUUUACUGAUAAAUGUACCAAAAUUUAUUCACAAAUUCUCUUUAUCUCACUUUUACACUUCUUUUCCUUUUUUUAAACAUUCAAAUUCGUCGACUGUUUACUUCAAUUUUAAGACUGCCGCCAUAUUUGAUUUCAACUUGAUUAAAACAAUUAGAGCUAUAAACUUUACACCUUUGUCGAUUUCAGUUUGCCAAACAGUCUUCUCUUGCAUUCUUGUCUAUCAUACCUGUUUAUAUUGUAUGUAUCAGUAAAAGUUCUAAUCAUGCACACUUGUGUAUAUGUUUACUCUUUAUUAUGAUUAUUAUUAUUCAUAUUGUUUGAUAAAUUUAUUCUUAUCUACGACAAUCAUUAUGAUGAUAAACCGACUAAAAGAAAAAUCUUUAUCCGGAAAUCUUCCCAAAUACAAAAAAAGAAAUAUUGCCUAUCAAUGGUAAAAUGCAAAAUUUUCGUAUAGUUUUCAAUCAGAUUUCUUUUAAAAUGAAUCUUAUACUUUCAAAAGCUGAGGUAAUCUUGAGGUCAAUAAUAAUCCCUUAUUAUUCUAACAAGGUUGAUAUUAACUAUGAAUAAAAUUUUCAUAUUUUCCAUGAGAAAUAUAAACCAAUUUUUAGUUUAUUUUCACAAUAAAAUACACCAAAUGAUCUUCUGCUUCUCCUUCCCCUUUUUCUUCUUUUAUCGUUACUGAACUAUGAACUGCCUUCUUGUUUUAUUUAUGCAUCCAGCAUUCUUUUUUCUGCCUCUUUCCGUGUCUCUUUCCCUUUUUUAGUUAUUCUUGGCUGAAUUUCUGACAAGUGAAUGAAUAAUAAGUAAUUAAAAAGUG